UCCAGUUAAAUACCAUGAGUUUCUAAAAAGAGACAGAGAAGGAUACUUGAAAAAAAAAGAGCAAGGGGUUGUCAAAUCUGUGACAGAAAUGACACACAGAGAGAAAAGAAAAGUUCAAAGACAGUGGAGAACUUCUCAACAAAACAGAUGCAAGAAGUUGAAAAGACUAGCUGCAGUUGAGAAUUUUAUGGCUCGAUCAACACCCCCACAGUCACCAGAAGACAUGGUUGUUCACCCAGAAUAUGUCUCACCUACCAACUCCAGCUCCACUGACCCACCCGAAACACCUCACCUUCCUGCACAUAAUAACUGUGCACAGAGAAGAGGGAGGAAAAGGGUUGCAAAGACUAGGGCAAAGGUCUACAGAGACCUUUAUGCAACUACUGUGAAGCUUGAUGAUGCUUUGCGGAAGGUGGAGAAAUACAAGAAAAGAUGUGACAGACUUAAGAAGAAAAUAGAAAUGGCCAACUCACCAAAGCUCAAAACCAAACAACAGAUGAAGCAAAGAACAAAAGAUUUAAGAAGAAUUCUUUUGUUUCAGAACACAAUUAUUUCACAGAUAAAAAAAGAAAUAUCAAAAUAUGCACACUGCUAAAGACCGGCAAGUGAUCUCUAAAGUUGUGGCUGGUAAGCUCCUGAAGAAAUACCGCCUGCUCGGCUUUGCCAGAAAGGAGUUUGGGUUCUCACCUAAGCUGAUGAAAACAAACAAAACAAGGGCUACCAAACUCCAGUACACCCGAAGAAUUCAAUGCAACAAAAUCAGCAAGGAAGUGGAGAAAAAAAUAAUAUCUUUCCUGGAACGCAAAUUGAUUUUGCAGAAAACUAUCUGUGUAAAUAUGGAAAUGAGAUCCAAGCAGUCCAUUUUGGUGAUUCCCAUCAACAAGCCACUCUCCAUAUAGGUGUGGCCCACACCAAAACUGGGGUGAUAUCUCUCUGUUCUAUUAGUUCAUCAAUGCGCCACGACCCAUCAGCCAUCUGGGCUCAUCUCAACACUGUACUCCCAUACCUUAAAACACUGAACCCAGAUGUAACCACACUGCAUGUUAUCAGUGAUGGGCCUACCACCCAGUAUAGGUCCAAGAAAAACUUUUUUUUGAGCAAAAUCCCCUUUCAGAUGGGAUUUAAAAGGACCACGUGGAACUUCCUGGAGGCAGGACAUGGCAAAGGCCCAGCUGAUGGGAUUGGUGCAGCUGUUAAAAGGCAGGCUGACUCACUAGUGGCAAACGGCAUUGAUCUUCCGAAUGGAAGGGUGCUGUAUGAGCAACUUUCAAAACAGCCAUCUACUGUGAAACUGAUGUAUGUCACUGAGAAGGAGAUUGAGGAAAUGGAUAGUCUCCUUCCUGAUGCCCUGCAGACUAUCUGGGGCACAAUGCAGAUAGAUCAGAUUGUCUCUGCAAGACCAGGAGAGAUAUCUUGGCGUAUUCUAAGCUGCUUCUGCUCAGAACCCCAUCUUUGCAAAUGUUUUGGUCCUCAGACAGUAUACACGGAGGCUGGCGCUGAGAAUCCUGCAUCCACAAGCACAUCUGUCACAACAGCUCAGUCCAUUGCAGACAUUCAUGAAGGACUGAUUGGAAAAUGGUGUGUGGUCACUUAUGAUGGGGAUCCUUAUCCAGGCAUCAUACAAGAUGUUGGCUCUGACAGCUGUGCUCUGGUGAAAACCAUGAGUCAUGUUGGCAGAAACAGGUUUUUCUGGCCAAUGAGAGAGGACGUGAUCUGGUAUCAACCUAAAGAUGUUGUCAGACUGGUACCAGAGCCUCAGCAAGUGACAAAGAAGCACGUGAUGUUGGAUCCCACAGUUUGGGCAGAAAUAUGUUCUGCUCUUGACUAUGACGGAUAAAGGCAAAGUACAUAUGCAAGUCUGACAGUUUGUGAAUUAAUUGGCUAUAUACAUAUGCAUAACAACUACAAAAUACGUAUGUUGAAAAGUUUGAUUUAGCAUAGUUAAACAUUCAUUUAAUGUUGGUAUUGGAGAGAGCAUUAGUUUAAAAAAUGCAUAUGAUAAAAAGUGCAAGGCAGCUAGCACACAGGUUUUACAGCAAUCACAUGACAUUUUAUGACUAUGAAUUUUCUAUUGUGUGCUAGAACUGUAACAAGUUUUACAGGGAUGAUAGGAGCUGGUAAGGCUACCAGCUUGGCAUGGCCCAGCAUGGACCUGCGACAGCUCAAAAUGAGAGGGGAGUAAGGUCCAACAAUGUGAGGACAUACUGUGUACUGUAAGAGUCAGGUUGUGUUAAAUGAUAUGUUUGGAUUAGAAAGCCUUUGUCAGUUUCAAAUCGUUACUGUUUCAACAUUUUUAGGAUGGAAAAACCUAUGGUCUGAAUUUGAUUGCCAUGAAAUGAAGUAUUGUAGUUUUGUGUGUAGGUUUUAGCGCAUAGAGAGCA